GAGAGAAAGAGAGAGAGAGAGAGAGAGAGAGAGAAGAGGUUGGUAAUGGUAUUGAAAUCUUGGAUAUACAAAAACGUCAAAUGAUGCACAGAGAUGACUCUAAUGGCGACAACAAAGUCCAAGAUCAGUAAUCUUCUGAGCAUCUUAAUAGCAACCCACAAAACGCCCUGUUUGGCUUCUGCUUCGUACUCUAAUGGCGCUGCGAGACAGUUUCGGGUCGACCCAUUUGGAGGUUCGGGUCAGUCAUUAUCGUCCUCGGUGGCUUCUCUGGAGUCGGACAUGGUGAGUUUGAAAGAUUACGAGGAGUAUAGGAAGGCUCUGUAUGGUGACAUCACUCACAAGGCUCUCUUGGUUGACGCUGUAGGCACUCUUGUUCUCCCCUCUCAGCCCAUGGCCCAGAUUUAUAGACAGAUUGGCGAGAAAUAUGGCGUUGAGUACUCAGAAACUAAGAUAUUAAACAAAUACAGAAGGGCUUAUGAGCAGCCUUGGGGCAGAUCUCGACUCAGAUAUGUUAAAGAUGGAAGACCAUUCUGGCAACAUAUAGUCAGUUCUUCAACUGGUUGUUCAGAUUCUCAAUACUUCGAGGAGUUGUACAAUUAUUAUACCACUGAAAAGGCAUGGCACCUCUGUGAUCCUGACGCGGAAAAAGUAUUUAAGACCCUACGGAAUGUUGGUGUAAAAUUAGCUAUUGUGUCAAACUUUGACACUCGAUUGAGGCCUGUCUUGCGGGCUCUGAAUUGUGAUUACUGGUUUGAUGCCGUGGCAAUAUCAGCUGAAGUUGAAGCAGAGAAGCCAAAUCCCACCAUAUUUAUAAAAGCUUGUGAGUCGUUGGGAGUAAAGCCUGAGGAUGCUGUUCAUGUGGGGGAUGAUCGUAGAAAUGAUAUAUGGGGUGCCAGAGAUGCAGGUUGUGAUGCUUGGCUAUGGGGAAGUGAUGUACAUUCUUUCAAAGAGGUUGCUCAAAGGAUUGGAGUGCAGGUUUGAAUAAGACGACGACUGUUCCCUUGCAACAACUUGACGAGUGCUUUCUUUCAUUGUAUAUAGAGAGGCUUCUCAUCUAGUCUCUCUUCCUAACCAGUCGUAUAUAUUCUGCUCUUCUGUAAUUUGUAUGACGGAGAUUAGAGAUGAGGGAACAUAGUUAUUUUAACUGUAGAAUAAAUGGCAAUAAAAGAACAUUUGUAGUGAGAUUUUUUUUUUAGUGUGAAAAUCUUUUUAUUGUUCCAUGUAAAAA